CCUGACGUCACACGGGACAUGGCGACCGACUGGAACUGCUGAGCGAGUAGGGGGGGCUCGAGGCGAGGGCGACUCACGGGGCCGCGCGCAGACACACCGCGGCCAGCGGCCACCUUUUUUCUGUUUUUAUUUUCAUUUUAUUUUUAUUUUUCGGCUAUUAUACAGCUGUUCGGUAAACCGGCGGAUACUCGGCCCCGCUGUGUCCGUUUCCCGGUCUAGAGGUCAUACUCCAACCCAACCGGCCGACCGACAGAACCUCACCGAACUCUGCCUUUCCGCCGCCGUGAUUUACCACCCCUUGGUCGUCACCAAAGUUUCCGUCGUCCCGAUUUCUAAACUUAACGGAGUUUAAUUGUCCUGAGAAUUUCACAAGACCCUCGCGCGUAAUAAACCUCUAUCGUUACGUGGUAAGAGUUUUAUUAGAAGUUUGUGAAAGUUUUACUUUGUGUGCGCGUGUGGGAAUACCAGAGGACACAGCGCCCCCACCCAGCGCAGGCCCCGGUUCGGGACAGAGGAGGUGUUAAGACAAAUCUCCCGUUAAUACAUUGUGAUCGUACGGAUUGCGUAAUCACACCGCACCGACAGGGAGCCAGUCGGCGCGGGUGAUCCACGAGACCCACCGUUUCUUCCACUCCGCUAAAGGGACAGGGGUCAGGGGUGAUGGCGGGGGCGUCGGUCAAGGUGGCGGUCCGAGUACGACCCUUCAACUCCCGGGAGACGAGUCGAGACGCCAAGUGUGUGAUCCAGAUGCAGGGCACCUCCACCUGCAUCAUCAACCCCAAACAGCCCAAAGAUGGAGCCAAGAACUUCACCUUCGACCACUCCUACUGGUCACACACCUCGAGUGAGGACCCAGACUACGCCUCCCAGCUGCAGGUGUACCGGGACAUCGGGGUGGAGAUGCUGCAGCACGCCUUCGAGGGCUACAACGUCUGCAUCUUCGCCUACGGCCAGACGGGGGCAGGCAAGAGCUACACCAUGAUGGGACGCCAGGAGAAGGAUCAGGAAGGCAUCAUCCCCCUGUUGUGUGAGGACCUGUUCCAGCGUGUGGGCCACAACACAGACCCGGAGCUGUCCUGCUCUGUGGAGGUCAGCUACAUGGAGAUCUACUGUGAGCGCGUGCGAGACCUGCUGAAGCCCCAGGGCCGCGCCGCCCUCAGGGUCAGGGAACACCCAUCAUGGGGCCCUACGUGGGAAGACCUGUCCAAGCUGGCCGUCACCGUCACCGGAUACGCAGACAUACACAACCUCAUGGACUGUGGGAACAAGGCCAGGACUGUGGCAGCCACAAAUAUGAAUGAGACCAGCAGCAGAUCUCACGCUGUGUUCACCAUCGUGUUCACCCAGAGACGCAGAGACCUGCUCACCAGCCUGGACUCAGAGAAGGUCAGUAAGAUCAGCCUGGUGGAUCUGGCCGGCAGUGAGAGAGCAGACUCUUCAGGGGCCAAGGGCGUGAGACUGAAAGAAGGAGCUAACAUUAACAAGUCUCUGACUACUCUGGGGAAAGUGAUCUCUGCCUUGGCUGAAAUGGGCAGUAAGAAGAGGAGGAGUGACUUCAUACCCUACAGAGACUCAGUCCUGACCUGGCUCUUGAAGGAGAACCUGGGUGGAAACUCUAGAACAGCCAUGAUCGCAGCUCUCAGUCCUGCAGACAUCAACUAUGAAGAGACCCUCAGUACACUCAGGUAUGCGGACAGGGCUAAGCAGAUCAAGUGUAACGCGGUGAUCAACGAGGAUCCAAACGCCCGUCUGAUUAGAGAGCUUAAAGAUGAAGUGAACAGACUCAGAGAUCUGCUGUUCUCACAGGGCCUCAGUCAGCUGCUGUCUACAGCUGGUGACGACAACAACAACAACAGCAAGAGACUCCGCCCCGAUCACAUGACCGAGGACUUUGCGGAGGGGGAGGAGUGUGUUGCCACAGAGACCAUCAGCAAGGAGGAGGUGGCAGAGGCCCUGCUGACGCCCCACCUGGUCAACUUGAAUGAAGACCCUCUCAUGUCAGAGUGUCUGCUGUACUACAUCAAGGAGGGCAUCACAAGAGUGGGUCAGCAGGAGGACUUGGGGGCGGAGGGGGAGGAGUGUGUUGCCACAGAGACCAUCAGCAAGGAGGAGGUGGCAGAGCGCCUGCUGGAGACUGAGAAGAUCAUAGCCGAGCUGAAUGAGACUUGGGAGGACAAACUACGGAAGACAGAAUCUAUACGACUGGACAGAGAGUCGUUGUUAGCAGAGAUGGGCGUGUCAAUCAAGGAAGAUGGAGGAACAGUAGGAGUUUUCUCCCCAAAAGGAACGCCCCACCUGGUCAACUUGAAUGAAGACCCUCUCAUGUCAGAGUGUCUGCUGUACUACAUCAAGGAGGGCAUCACAAGAGUGGGUCAGCAGGAGGUGGACAUCCGGUUGAGUGGUCAGUUCAUCAUGGAGCAACACUGUGUCUUCCACAGCUGCACCAAUCAGCAGGGAGAAGUGAUCGUAACUGUGGAGCCUCUUGAGGGAGCAGAGACUUAUGUAAAUGGAAAACAAAUCACUGAAUCGCUCGUGCUGAAGCAAGGUAACCGUAUCGUGAUGGGGAAGAACCACGUGUUCCGUUUCACCCACCCGGAGCAGGCCCGUCUGGAGCGGGAGCGCAGCGCCACCCUGGACCAGCAGGGGGAGCCGGAGGACUGGAACUACGCCCAGAAAGAGCUGCUGGAGAAACAGGGCAUAGACAUCAAACUGGAGAUGGAGAAGAGACUACAAGACAUGGAAAUUCAGUAUCGCAGAGAGAAGGAGGAGGCUGACCUGCUGUUGGAACAGCAGAGACUGUAUGCAGACUCAGACAGUGGGGACGACUCUGACAAACGCUCAUGUGAGGAGAGCUGGAGACUGAUCUCCUCCCUCAGAGAGAAACUCCCUGCUAACAAGGUGCAGUCCAUAGUGAAGCGCUGUGGUCUUCCCAGCAGUGGCAAGCGCAGGGUUCCCCAGAGGGUGUACCAGAUCCCCCAGAGACGCAGGAUCAGUAAGGACCCCAAACGGGUCACCAUCGCCGACCUGAAGAUGCAGGCUGUCAAGGAGAUCUGCUACGAGGUGGCCCUUGGAGACUUCCGGCACUCUCGCCAGGAGAUCGAGGCGCUGGCGAUCGUGAAGAUGAAAGAGCUGUGCAGGAUGUACUCCAAGAGAGACCAGCAGGAGAGAGACACCUGGCGCGCCGUGGCCCAGGAUGUGUGGGAGACCGUGGGCAUUGGGGAGGAGAGGGGGGAGGCGGGGGAGGAGGGGGGAGGAGAGGGCGGGGGAGUGUACGACCUGAAGGCCCACAUUGAUAAGCUGACAGAUGUCCUGCAGGAAGUGAAGCUGCAGAACAACAUGAAGGACGAAGAGAUCCGAGCCCUGAGAGACCGCAUGGUCCGCAUGGAGAACACCCUGCCUACUGGACAGGACGACGGCAUGGAUGAUGAUGAUGAUGAGGAGGGCGAUGAGGGGGGGGAGGAGGGGGAGGGGGGGGAGGGGGUGGCCCCUAAGGAGGUGCGUGUGACUCGUUUGAUGGAGGAGGACGCAGCGUUCAGAAGGGGCCGUCUGCGCUGGCUCAAACAGGAGCAGGCCCGUCUGCUCAACCUGCAGCAACAGAGCAUCACCAAGAAGCUGCGGCAGAACAGCCAGGCCUCCGGCCUCACCCCCAGCCUCGCCCCCAGCCUCACCCCCGGCCCCACCCCCCUCACCCCCGUACACCUGCCGGGCACGGGCCGCUUCAUCCCCCCCCAGGACUGCAAGCUCAAGUUCCCCUUCAAGAGCAACCCCCACCACCGGCUGUCCUGGGGUCCGGCCACGGCGGCCAUGCUGGGUCUGGCGGGGGAGGAGGGGGGAGGCGAGGAGGGGGGAGAGGGGCAGGGGGGGGGUAAAGGGACUGGGUCCCCACCUCCUCCCAUGAUGCCCCCCCCCUCCGGGGCAGUCCGCCCCCCUGCUGCCCCUCCCCUUCCAGAUGCCCCCCCCCCGUAUGCGCACCCCGAGCCCCCACCGCGCCUGGCAACAGCGUAACCAGGGCAAUGGUAACCAGGGAAACCCCCACUUCUUCCAGCAGCAUCAGCAACGAUACCGCCGGAACUCUCUGGACAGCUCCACCCACGGCAACAGUCGGCACGGCAACCACAACAACAACGGUAACCACGGAGGCGGAGGGGGCGGGGUUGGGUCCGGUCACCAGGGCCGACCGCGAUACAGGCGGGGUUCUCAGAGUCCAGGGGCAGAGCCUAGGGAGCAGUACCAGCAGAGAGGGGGGGGGGCGGCAGGGUGGGGGGGGGCAGCAGCAGCAGUUCCACCCGUACUUCAAUAACCACAACCCCCCCUUUCACAACCCCCCCAUGCACAACGGCCCCUUCCACAACCCCCCCAUCCACAACGGCCCCUUCCAGCCCUUCCCAAACCCUCACUACCACUCGCUGCCCCGCCCCUCUCACCCUCAGGCGGGGCCAGGGGGGCCAGGGGGCCAGGGGGGCCCAGGGUGGGGCUUCAACACCCCCCCUCGCAUGAGGAGGCAGUUCAGCGCCCCCGAUCUGAAAAACAAGGAGACGCCUGUGUGACCCAUGACCUCUGAACCCUGAGGGGUUCUUCCUGACCCCUGACCCCAAGGUCACCGCAACACUGCAGUCCCACCGGACGGCCAGACUGGCCUCCAGGGGCAUCACUGCCGUAGGCUGUGCGUGUGUGAGUGUGUAUGAGUGUGUGUGUGUGUGUCAGCACUCUGCUUAACGCACAACAAAUGAUGAGUGUGCACGUUCUGUGUUACUCACACACAACGCCAAAUAACCUCUCGCACACACAAUGUGUGUGUGGUCCUGCUGUGCAGUGUGUGUGUGUGCGUGUGUGUGUGCGUGUGUGUGUGUAGUAGCUUGCUGAUACCUUCCACAUAUAGGACAUGUGGUUUUUUAGAAGGACCUUCUGGUUCCUUAUAUAUAGUUAUUAUCUGUUGUUUGUUUUCUUUUAUGCACAGGAAGAUUUUUAUAUAAAUAUAUGAAGAGUC